UUUCACUGAGGGUGGUUAAGCUGGUUGUUCCCGGUUAAUUUAUUUUAUAAUAAUAUUUUUAAUAUAAAAAUACAACGAAUUGCCACUACAUAGUACAUAGUUACAUUAAAAUGUUAGUGAGAUUAUAGUGACAUUGUAUUCUUUAGUGUUUAUUGUGAUAGAAAUGUGGUAAAAACUAAAAAGUGCCAAGUGCGACUAAGCGCCAGAAUGUCUGAUGAACUUGAAGCUCGAAUGUGGGACGAAGGAGGCUCCAGAUACGAGUCUCGGAGUCGAGGGGCGUAUUUCGAGUCAGCGUUCGCAUCCUCUGAGCAUUUAGAUAGGGCUCCUUUGUUAUCAGAAGAGAGUUACACGGAAGUGUCGGUGGCGCCGGCUAGUGAGUCGGACGAGCACUGCCACUGGAAGAGACCGGAGCCACCCAGUGCAGUGCCCCAGCUGCUGGCAGCGCUGGUACUAUGUGCCAUUUUUAUGAUAUGCGAGAUCGUGGGUGGCUACCUGGCGGGCAGUAUAUCCGUGAUGAGCGAUGCGGCGCACAUGCUGAGCGACUGUGGAGGUUUCGCGCUCGCUCUGCUCGCGUUUCGCUGCGCCGCUCGACCUCCUACCGCCAACAUGUCCUAUGGAUACCGAAGAGCUGAGGUAUUGGGCGCGAUGACAUCGGUGCUGCUCAUAUGGGCGUUGACGGGCGUGUUCGUGUACGUGGCCGCAACUCGCAUACGCACGGGCGACUACGACAUCGAGCCGGACAUGAUGAUGCUGGUGUCCGGCUGCGGCGUCGUCUUCAACGUGGUGCUGGCGCUGGUGUUGCACGGGUGCGCCUCGGACAUUGCGCACUACCACUCGCACGGCGGCGCGGCGUGCUCGCACGCACACAACGAGCAGCGCGGCUUCCGUCUGUUCCGGCGACGCGACCAUAAGCAGGCCAACGGCGCUCUGGCCAAUGGUGACUACGGCAUGAAGGAUCUCGCCGCUGCUGACACGCAUGUUGCUGGCUCUACCGCCAGAAAUAUAAAUCUGCGCGCCGCGCUCAUUCACGUGAUCGGCGACCUCAUACAGAGCUGCGGGGUUCUACUCGCUGCCAUCCUCAUCAAAAUAUACCCCGAGGCGAAGGUGAUAGACCCGAUCUGCACGUUCAUAUUCAGCGUGCUGGUGCUGCUGACGUCAGCGCGAGUGGUGCGCGACGCGCUGUCUAUGCUCAUGCAAGCUGUUCCUAGUAACUUUAGGUAUCGUGAAUGUGUAUCCGCUUUAUCAGCUCUAAAUGGAGUGAGGCAUGUGCACUCUGUCCACGCGUGGGCCUUGUCCACGCAUCACACUGUUCUCACUGCCCACGUUGCCAUAGACGAGCUAGCGGACUGGGAGGCAGUGCUGGCGGGCUGCCAGCGCCUGGCGCGCCAGUACGGCGCCGCGAGUGGCGUGUUCCAGCUGGAGAGAUACUCGCACUGCAUGGCCAGCUGCGAAGACUGUCGCCAGCCUUCCGCCGCGCCCUGACACCUGCGCACGCUCACCCGCUAGCCGCCCAGAUUGUGGAUAUAACGCGGCUGAGCCAUGACGGUCACAGAACAGACAUCACAAAAAUAAAAUAAACUUGACAAAAAUAUUGAACAUAUGAAAUGCAACAGGAAACCGAGGUGAGAUUCUUAGGGUAACCACGACGAAACUAUUUAUUGAUGUGUUAGUGUUAUAUUAGAUACUGAUGAUAUGAAAAAGAUGAUGAGUUUUGCUGACAAAUGUAAGAUAAUUGUUAGACUUGUAUAGAACGCAACAUUCCAAAAAGUAUUAGUUUAAUUGUAAAUGUAUUAGGUGUUUAGAAUUAGUGAUGAAGUCUAUUGUAUGGAAGGGACUAUUCAAUUUAAGGAUGGGUAAUUGGUGUAUAUGGAAGGGACUAUUCAAUUUAAGGAUGGGUUAUUGGUGUAUAUGGAAUGGACUAUUCAAUUAAUGGAAGGGCAAUACGGUAAUUUGUUUAUAUGGAAGGGCCUUUUAAAUUUAUGCAGGGCUACUGAAUUAAAUAAUUUACAUAAUAUAUUGAAUGAACUAUUCAAUUAAUAAAAGGGCAAUAGGGUAAAUUAUUUAUAUGGAAGAGACUUUUUAAUUUAUGGAGGAAUAAUGAUUAUUCAAUUUCUGGGGAGUAUUAAUUUUAUAAAAGGACUACAUUUUAUGUAUGUAUAAUAUAACAAGGUGUUGUAAAAUUAUUAUUUUCCCUUUCGAGAGGUUGUUGU